CCCGGGUUCCCCUCGAGCCCCGGACUGCCGAGGCUGGGCGCGAGCCGCAGAGCGCGGGGUGGCCCCGGGGACAGCAGCCGGCCGGAGGAUGCGGCGCCUCGCGCUAACUUUCCUCGCUUUGCCGCUGGUGCUCCGCGCCGCUCCGGGAGUUCCCUGGUGCUACGAUUCCCAGGAUCCCAAAUGUGGCCCCAGGUACUGGAAGGAUCUGGCAGCGGGCUGUGGAGGAGAUAACCAGUCGCCCAUUAACAUUGACAGGCGUAAAGUGCAGAGGGACAGGAACCUAGGAGAUGUCCUCUUUGAGGGUUAUGACCACGCCCCGCCGGGCAAGUGGAGGCUCAUGAACAACGGGCACACGGUGGUGAUGAGACUGGAAGGCGUGUCUGUGAGCGAACAUAUCAAUAUCACUAUUGGGGUGCUUCAUGAGAAGUACCGAGCCCUGCAGUUUCAUUUCCACUGGGGGAACCUCAAGGGGAACGGCUCGGAGCACACCAUUGACGGACACCAGUUCCCCAUGGAGCUGCACCUUGUUCACAUGAACACCAAGUACAAAACCUUCAACGAGGCCAAAGGGCAUCCGAAUGGGCUGGCUGUCCUGGGCUUCUUGUACAAGGUGUCGGAUGCUGAUAACUCCAAUUACAACACGAUUGUAGCUGGCCUGAAGAACAUUUCCCGUCAAGGGGAUUUUGUGGAUUUAGCAUCCACAUUUUGCUUGAACAACCUUCUUCCCAGCAUGGCCAAGCUGUCCAAGUACUACCGCUAUCAGGGCUCCUUGACCACCCCGGACUGCGCGGAGGUUGUCGUCUGGACGCUGUUUGAGGAGCCCAUCCCUAUCAGCCAGUCUCAGCUGAACGCAUUUGUCAACACAGUUCACUUCCCGGCCAAUGGCACCGGCACCUCUCUAGUGAAAAUGACCAACAACUUUCGACCACCACAGCCUCUCAAGAACCGAAAAGUCUCUGCGUCCAGAGAUGCCACAAUCAGCCGCAGUGCCAUGCCCAGCAUCAGCCUCCCGCUCCUUCCUCUGCUCUUGGCUCUCCAGAUUGUCCACUUCUCAGGCCCCUCCUAAAGGCCCCUUCCCCGACUCCCUCCCUUCUUUGUCAUGAAUGAUUCGUGAUUAUUUUAUGAUGUCUUCAUAUCCGUGAUUCCACACUGUGAUCAUUUUCUAGCCACAGGACUGAAAACGACGAAUGAAAUGAAAGCAGAUUGGCAAGGGGUACAUAAGAACGGCCAUACUGGUCCAGACCAAAGGUCCAUCUAGCCCAGUAUCCUGUCUUCUGACAGUGGUCAAUGCCAGGUGCCUCAGAGGGAAUGAACAGAACAUGCAAUUCUCGCAUGAUCCAUCCCCUGUCAUCCCAGGCUCUGGUAGUCAGAGGCUUAGGGAGAGGCAGAGCCGGGGGUUGCAUCCCUGACCAUCUUGGCUUAUAACCAUUGAUGGACCUAUUCUCCGUGAAAGUCUCUAAUUCUUUUUUGAGCCCAGUGAUCCUUUUGGCCUUCACAACAUUCCCUGGCAAUGAAUUUCACAGGUAGACUGCGUUGUGUGAAGAAGAACUUCCUAAUGUUUGUUUUAAACCAGCUGCCUAUUAAUUUGAUUGGGUGACCCCUGGUUCUUGUGUUGUGAAGGGGUAAAUAACAAUUUCUUAUUCACUUUCUCCACGCCAGUCAUGAUUUUAUAGAUCUCUAGCAUAUCCCACCUUAGUUGUCUCUUUUCUAAGCUGAACAGUCCCAGUCUUUUUAUACCUCCUCAUAUGGAAGCUGUUCCAUACCCCUGAUUAUUUUUGUUACCAUUAUCUGUACCUUUUCCAAUUCUAAUAAAUCAUUGUUGAGAUGGGUGACCAGAUCUGCAUGCAGUAUUCCAGGUAUGGGCAUACCAUGGAUUUAUAAAGUGGCAUUAUGAUAUUUUCUGUGUUAUUAUCUAGCCCUUUCCUAAUGAUUCCUAACAUUGUUAGCUUUUUUUGACUGCUGCUGCACAUUGAGCAAAUAUGGUCAGAGAACGAUCUACGAUGACUCCAAGAUCUUUCUUGAGGGGUAACAGCUAAUUUACGCCCCAUUGUUUUGUAUGUAUAGUUGGGAUUAUGUUUUCCGAUGUGCAUUACUUUGCAUUUCUCAACAUUGAAUGUCAUCUGCCAUUUUGUUGCCCAGUCACUGGGUUUUGUGAGAUUCCUUUUACAGCUCGUCACAGUCUGCUUUGGGCUUAACUAUCUUGAAUAUUUUUGUAUUGUCUGCAGACUUUGCCACGUCACCGUUUACCUCUUUUUCCAGAUCAUUUAUGAAUAUGUUGAACAGCACAGGUCCCGGCACAGAUUUUGGGGGGACCCUGCUAUUUACCUUUCUCCACUGUGAAAACUGACAGUUUAUUCCUACCCUUUGUUUCCUAUCUUUUAACCAGUUCCUGAUCCAUGAGGAACUUCUCUCUUAUCCCAUGACUGCCUACAUUGCUUAAGAGCCAAUGGUGAGGGAUCAAAGGAAAAGAAAUGUUCAUUGCUAGUUUAAAAAAUAAUAACUAAGACCUUGAUUCUGCCAAGACUUUCACGUAACUUUAAGCACAUGAGAACUCUCAUUGAGCUCUCCCAUUCCUCACCUGCUUAAAGUUAAGCAUUGGCGUUGCAGGACUGGAGCCUCACAUCCAGUAGUGGCAUAUUGACAAAUGUGACCCCUUUGGUUUUGCCAGCUGCGCUAUACUGGAGUGACUGAUGAUAUGACACACACAGUGCUUUCCCUGAAUGAGAAGAAAUUUUUAACUGAUGUCAGAAUGCAAUUGUAAUAAAUCUGGAGUUCUUACA